GCUUGAGGUUGCUUAGCGACCAGAUUUGGUGGCCCCCGAUUCCCAAAUAGUCAAGCAACCCAUCAACUCCCUGCCUCCCUACACCAACCCUCAGCCACCAUCCGGAGCCUCAUAUUAGACAAUCAAGUGUGUACUGGAGGGAGGGACCAGUGAGAGAGAGAGAGGGGGCGAAGUUUAAUCAUUGAACCAAGCAGGCUGGAAGGAUUUAGUCCUCAGCACCCAGCUCCCCAGGAGUUCCUAGCCUGAACUGGAAGUCAGCAACACUCCAGAGACGUGGCAGCAAGCGUGGCACGGAAAUCUGUCUGUUUCAGGAGAAAACUGACUUGGGAAAAAUGUUUGCAGUACACUUGAUGGCGUUUUACUUCACCAAGCUGAAGGAGGAUCAGAUCAAGAAGGUGGACAGGUUCCUGUAUCACAUGCGGCUCUCCGAUGAGACACUUUUGGACAUCAUGGCACGGUUCCAGGUGGAGAUGGAGAAGGGCCUGGCAAAGGACACCAACCCUACAGCCUCAGUGAAGAUGCUGCCUACCUUUGUCAGGGCCAUUCCAGAUGGCUCAGAAAAUGGGGAGUUCCUGUCCCUGGAUCUUGGUGGAUCCAAGUUUCGAGUGUUGAAGGUGCAAGUCUCUGAAGAAGGGAAGCGAAACGUCCAGAUGGAGAGUCUGUUCUACCCAACGCCCAACGAAAUCAUCACUGGCAACGGCUCGGAGCUGUUUGACUAUGUAGCUGACUGUCUGGUGGACUUUAUGAAAACCAAAGAGUUGAAGCACAAGAAAUUGCCCCUGGGCCUAACCUUUUCUUUUCCUUGCCGGCAGACUAAAUUGGAGGAGGGUGUCUUGCUUUCGUGGACGAAGAAGUUUAAGGCACGAGGAGUUCAGGACACAGAUGUAGUGAGCCGCCUGGCCAAAGCCUUGAAGAAACACAAGGACCUGGAUGUGGACAUCUUGGCCUUGGUCAAUGACACGGUGGCGACCAUGAUGACAUGCGCCUAUGAUGAUCCCUACUGCGAAGUCGGUGUCAUCAUUGGAACUGGCACCAACGCCUGUUACAUGGAGGACAUGAGCAACAUCGACCUCGUGGAAGGUGACGAGGGGAGGAUGUGCAUCAACACGGAGUGGGGGGCCUUCGGAGACGAUGGGGCCUUGGAAGACAUCCGCACCGAGUUUGACAGGGAGCUGGACCUUGGCUCUCUCAACCCAGGGAAGCAGCUGUUCGAGAAAAUGAUCAGUGGCCUGUACCUGGGAGAGCUUGUCAGACUCAUCUUACUGAAGAUGGCCAAGGCUGGCCUCCUGUUUGGUGGUGAGAAAUCCUCCGCUCUCCACACUAAGGGCAAGAUUGAGACACGGCAUGUGGCUGCCAUGGAGAAGUAUAAAGAAGGCCUUGCCAAUACAAGAGAGAUCCUGGUGGACCUGGGCCUGGAGCCCUCUGAGGCUGACUGCAUUGCCGUCCAGCACGUCUGUACUAUUGUCUCUUUCCGCUCUGCCAACCUCUGUGCAGCGGCCCUGGCGGCCAUCCUAACGCGCCUCCGGAUGAACAAGAAGCUAGACCGGCUCCGGACCACAGUGGGCAUGGAUGGCACAGUGUAUAAGAUACACCCUCAGUAUCCAAAACGCCUACACAAGGUGGUGAGAAAACUGGUCCCAAACUGUGAUGUCCGCUUCCUCCUGUCAGAGAGUGGCAGCACCAAGGGGGCAGCCAUGGUGACUGCAGUGGCCUCCCGUGUGCAGGCCCAGCGGAAGCAGAUUGACAAGGUGCUAGCUUUGUUCCAGCUGACCCGUGAGCAGCUUGUGGGUGUGCAGGACAAGAUGCGGACUGAGCUCGAGAAUGGGCUGAAGAGGAAGACCCACCCGAUGGCCACAGUCAAGAUGCUGCCUACUUAUGUCCGUGGGAUGCCAGACGGCACAGAGAAAGGAAAAUUCCUCGCCCUGGAUCUGGGAGGCACUAACUUCCGUGUCCUCCUGGUGAAGAUCAGAAGCGGACGGAGGUCGGUGCGAAUGUACAACAAGAUCUUCGCCAUCCCCUUGGAGAUCAUGCAGGGCACAGGCGAGGAGUUGUUCGACCACAUUGUGCAGUGCAUUGCCGACUUCCUGGACUACAUGGGCCUCAAGGGAGCCCAGCUUCCCUUGGGCUUCACAUUCUCAUUUCCUUGCAGGCAGGCGAGCAUCGACAAGGGAACACUCAUAGGAUGGACCAAAGGCUUCAAGGCCACUGACUGUGAAGGAGAAGACGUGGUAGACAUGCUCAGGGAAGCCAUCAAGAGGAGAAAUGAGUUUGACCUGGACAUAGUUGCAGUCGUGAAUGACACAGUGGGGACCAUGAUGACCUGUGGCUAUGAAGAUCCUAACUGUGAGAUUGGCCUGAUUGCAGGAACGGGCAGCAACAUGUGCUACAUGGAGGAGAUGAGGAACAUUGAGCUGGUGGAAGGAGACGAAGGGAAGAUGUGCAUCAACACAGAGUGGGGAGGAUUUGGGGACAAUGGCUGCAUAGAUGACAUCCGGACCCAGUACGACAAGGAGGUGGAUGAGGGGUCCUUGAAUCCUGGCAAGCAGAGAUACGAGAAAAUGACCAGUGGGAUGUACCUGGGGGAGAUCGUGCGGCAGAUCCUGAUUGACCUUACCAAGCACGGUCUCCUCUUCCGAGGGCAGAUUUCAGAGCGUCUCCGGACCAGGGGCAUCUUCGAAACUAAGUUCCUGUCCCAGAUCGAAAGCGACCGGCUGGCCCUCCUCCAGGUCAGGAGGAUCCUGCAGCAGCUGGGCCUGGACAGCACAUGUGAGGACAGCAUCGUGGUGAAGGAGGUGUGUGGAGCUGUGUCCCGGCGGGCAGCCCAGCUCUGUGGCGCUGGCUUGGCCGCCAUUGUGGAGAAAAGAAGGGAAGACCAGGGUCUGGAGCACCUGAGGAUCACCGUGGGUGUGGAUGGCACCCUGUACAAGCUGCACCCUCACUUUUCUCGGAUAUUGCAAGAGACCGUGAAAGAACUAGCCCCUAAAUGUGAUGUGACUUUCAUACUAUCGGAAGACGGCAGUGGAAAGGGAGCAGCUCUGAUCACAGCUGUGGCCAAGAGACUGCAGUAGCCACAGAAGGAAAACUAGGGGCUCCAGGGCUGGGCCUGGUGUUUCCUGGAUACUGACCAGCUUUCCUUUGGCAGAUGAGUUGGUCAGGGACCAACAGGCAACUUCCUGGAUGACUUCAACUUCUGGGUGGCCAAAAGAAAACCUCAAGUUCUCCGGGACCCUGAGCAUCUUGUUUUGCAACAGCAUUAAAUGACAUCACCAUUUGGUGUAUUGAGGCCAAAGACAGGCCAACUUGUGAAAUCAAAGCAACUGGCCUGAGAAAUCCCCUUUCAGCCAGUCGUUCAGUUGGGGGACCUGAGCUUUCAGUUCUUGAGAGCUUUGGGUGCUUUGGCUGCUAAACUUGAAAACAUAUAUAGACUCUUCCUAGGUGGCCUGGCUGAUUGAAUUCCUCGCUGGGAUGAGAUCAAGCCUCCUACCUGUGGAUGAACACUUGAAAGGGAGAGGAACUCAUGUAACGAACCAGGGAACAUCUGCUCUAACUUAUCUUUGUCAUGUUAACCUCACAAGUGAAGAGCAAAUUCAGCCCCAAGAUAUGGAGUGGUUAGUGGCCAGGGAGCCCUGUCGGAAUCUUUCCAUGCCUGAAGUUAUGUCGCACAAACCACACUUUGAUAAGUGUGGUCACCAGGUGGGGUCCUAUUAAGGCAUCUUAUCUUUCAUUCUACAUUUGUUGCUGCUGUUGAUAGUUGUUUUAAGGACUCUUAGAUAUAUGAAAUCCAGUAAAUGAAUAAAAAAUUAUUUGCUUUC